AUGCAACUGAACAAAUUUGAGAUCAUAAAGGAAGCUGCUGAUGAACAGCAAUCUAAAACUGAGGUAAAAAUUGAGCAAAAUGAAAAAUAACCUCUGCAAAUACAUACUCAAAAUGCGGAAAAAGAAAACGAUCUUAAUGAUGCAGUUAUCGAUUUAGAUAAGCAAGAAAUUGUUUUAGAUAAUGUUUACAAUAACCUCCAGCACUAAUGCUUGAUAUGCGAAAAAUUUAUGACUGAAAGUGAUGUGAAAAUCUCCAAAAAACUAGAGUCAUAUUUCUAAGAGAGGGGAGAAAUUGAUAAGGUAAUGAAUAGGAUUAGAGGGAAAAUGAAUAGUAAAGUAAAAGACAUGGUUAAUUAAAGAGAAAUUGAUAUUGCUUAAGAGUCUUUGGCAAAUAUUGCCUGCUUCAGAUGCAUGUAUGACAUGAUAUUGAGUAAUGAGGGUAGAUCAGAGGCAAUGAAGAUUUUUUAAGUUGCUCACAUGCAAAUUCAAAAUGAGCAACACUUUUAUAGUGCUAAAAUCUUGCCAAGAACUUUUGGUCCAAAUAAAUAGAGAAUUGCUCAUGAUACAAGUAUUGAAAUGAAAUAAAUAGGACUUUUUAAAGGUACAUUUUAUGAUUACAAUAAAUAGGCAAAGGACAAGUCAUAUGAAAAUAUAUCACCUGCUCUUGCAUAAAACCUAAGCAAUGCAGUGAUUCGAGACAGAUAUUAAAAAAAUCAUCAAUCAAUGUUAAUCUCACUUCCUCGUGAAAAUUCAGCUUAACCGAAUAUUAGCAAUACAUUAGAUUAGUAAUCCAAUGAUAGUUCUUUUAGUAUUCAAAAAACGAGACCUUGGAGAGUAGAUUUCAAUGAUAAAAUAGAAAAGAAAUUUGGCAGCUUAGCGAAUUUUGAUAGACAGCAAAAAAUCCUUAAGAAAAUUGAGAAAGAUAGAUUGAAAUAUAUGCUUGGCAACAAAAUGCACAAUGAAAAUAUUGAAAUUCUAAAAAAUUAUAGAUCUUAAUAGAGAAUGCUAAGAUUGAAGAGCAAUCUAAAGAAGUUCAAAGAAAAGCAUAUCAAUGAAUAAAAGCUUAACUUCAACAAAUCAUGCAUAUUAUACAUCUGA